AUGGCUCUGAUCCGCCGAAAACUCGUCAUCGUAGGUGACGGUUGUGCAGGGAAGACGGCGUUGCUCGUUACAUUCUCGACGGGAACAUUCCCAGAGAUAUCAAUCCCAAAUCCCUUCGAAGAUUACGUCGCCGACGUUGAGGUGGAUGGGAAGCAUGUCGAGUUGGCGUUAUGGUGUCCGGCUGGUCAGGAAGACUAUGAUCGCUUGCGUCCUCUGGCAUACCCCGACUCGCACGUUAUUCUUAUAUGCUUUGACAUUGCUACUCCCGAUUCCCUGGACAACGUCGUAGAAAAGUGGAUUAUUGAGAUCAACCACUUCUGUCGUGGGCUCCCUAUCAUCCUGGUAGGUGCGCAAAAAGACCGGAGAAGAGAUCCGAGAAUCAUUGAAGAACUACGGAAGACGAAUCAACGUCUCGUGACCGUUGAAGAGGGACAGGCAGUUGCGAAGAAAAUCGGAGCAAGGCACUAUGUUGAAUGCUCUAGCUACACUGGAGAGGGGGUUCGCGAAGUGUUUCAAAUUGCAACUCGCGAGGCAUUGCGCCCCCUCGUUCGCGGGCAAAAGACAUAA